CUUUUCGGGGAGUACGAAUGGAAUUUCAAAAUGGCGUUCAAACGGCGGUUGGUCGUUGAAGGUUCUGGCGCUCAGUAUCGUCGGUGCCGCCAUCGCGACAACAUGUACUGCUGAUUUCCGACAUCAGCAACAUUGCUCCAGUUUGGAUCUGGCAACCGAGGUCCCCGUGGCCCGGAACCCUCGGCCUCCACCAGCACUGUUGUGGACCAGCAGACGACAUACAGGAGCAGCUCGCCAGCAACAUUCCCACUCAAAAUGCAGACGUCAAACAACAGCUCUGACCCACGGAGAGUGGAUAAGAUUGUUAGGUACAAACCAUCAGCACAAGGAACUCCAGGGGCCCCUGGUGAAGAUCCAACUACUGACUACAUGAAUGUACUAGGCAUGAUCUUCAGCAUGUGUGGUCUAAUGAUGAGAUUGAAGUGGUGUGCUUGGGUUGCGCUAUACUGCUCCUGCAUCAGCUUUGCCAACUCGAGAGUCAAUGACGAUACGAAACAAAUGCUCAGCAGCUUCAUGUUGUCCAUUUCUGCAGUUGUGAUGUCCUACCUUCAAAACCCACAGCCAAUGACACCUCCAUGGUCCAAUAUAUAAACAGUUCUAUAUUAUCGAUUGUUUUUGGUUGAAUGGAAAUGUAUAAUUGCCUCACCAUACUUGUAUUAAAAUUGUACUGCUGAAUGAGUGACAAUUUUAGUUUUAAUAAACUAGCUAAUGGUGCCAGGUUUGUAUUAUGAUGUGCAAUAUGGAACAGUGCCAACAUUUGAUGAUGUGCAUGAGUUACAAAAUGGCUUGGUUUGUUAAUCUUUUAAUUUGUGUAGCCUGCACUAUAUAAUUCUUGUGUUGUACUUCCCAUCCAAAAGUCUUUUUUUUUUCUUUAACAAAUGGACAAAUUUGUAUUGUCCCAUAACAUUAUCAUGUCAUUCAUGCCAGUGUAAAAGGCAAUAGCAUGAAGGUCAAAGCUUGAAAUAUCCUGGAAUAUGAAGUACCAUACGAGUUGAUCCUCGAGUGACAACCACAUUAGUACAGUAGAUAGCCUCCAUAUUAGACAUAAAAGGAAGACUUGAUCACCACGUUAGAAAUAGAAGAGUGAAAGGGAAUUGGGAGUGGAAUGGUAGGCAGUCAGUAUGGGGGAAGGGAGACUUUUGGAGUACAGUACAGUACUGUCCAUUCAGUAGAGCCAGGCUGUCACCUGAUCGGAUGACAGGCAAAGUUAUCAGUCACUAGCACUGAUUUUAUAGUUUUCUUCGAGGUAACAUCAACUGCAUAAUAUCUUUUUGAUCAUGAAAUUACAUUAACUCCAACCAGUUACUGCUGGCUAAUAAUUCUUAGACAUAAAGGAAAGAAGACAAAUCAGAAGAGCAUGUUAAGAUAGGGCUACCUGAAUAGGUUUCAGUUGUGGUUACUCCAUCAGAGGGGCGUUCAUGGGGAUAAAGACAGAUUCUACAGUAAAUUGUUAAUUCCUCUUUUAGGACUGCCUCCUCUUCCAUUUUGCUUAGUUAUGCAAAGUUGUUGUUUUAUGGUUACAAAGGAAACAUAUCAUUCCUUAAUUUCUUAUUUUGACUGUAUCAGAAUUUAGAAUUUCUAAAAUAUAGUUACAGGUUGUAAGUACAGUAUGUAUAACAGUUUAUACAGUACUAUACUUAGUGUAUAAAAUAUAUAUUAAUGCAGGCCAUAUGUAUUAUUGUUAAAUAUGUACUUUUGUAUUUCAUAGUAAACCUUUUACCAUAAUAUAUAAUUAUCUUCUCCUUUCAAUAGUGCAUUUGUCAUGUUGAAUUAUAUGGUAUAUCAGGAUUUUAUCGGUACUACCUUGUUGACUGCGUGUUCCUCCCAUUACUAUACUGUAUACAGUAUCUCUCCUUCCCAUUACAGUAUUACGCUGAGAUGUAUCAGUAAGGUGGUUGGGCUCACUGGCUCAAGCAAAGAAUAUUCACUAUACAAUACUAUAUUGAAUAUAAAUUCAGUGGAUUUUGUACUACAUGGGAACCUGGUCCAAGAUAGGGAUUUUAAUCUAGCCAGUGACCUGUACAAUGAUUUUGGCAUCUAGAUAAUGCAGAAUUUCUCCAAGACUGAUAAUUUUAAAUUAAUAUUACUAAAAAAUUCAAACAGUGCUUUUUCCAUGGGAUUUCUGCAUCAAAUUAUGCACAAAUGUAUGUCCUAUCAUGUGCACAAAUAAAGGGUGAAUGCUGUGGAUCUUGUUGUCCAUUAAAAUCUGUACAAUAAAGCUUUCAGUCACAUGCCAUCCCUAAGGUGUGGCGUUGUUUACAAUUUCCCAUUUAGAAUCCUUUCAUUAGAAAGUAUUUACACCACAGUAUUGUAUGUCAAACAUAAAAAAUAUUAAAUGUAUAAAGAUAUUGUACACAAUGUGAUAAAUCAAUGAUAUAAUCUUUAGAGCAGGACAGCACGAUCGAACCAAUGUUGUGGAUAACCACAGAUGUGCACCUUAACCCAUGGACUAGGAUGUGCAAAAAGUUACACAACCUGGUCCUCAUUCACAUAAGUAUCACCCCACCUGCUCUUGUUGUUCUGUCCUUUCUGAAUGGUGGGUGGUAACCUAGGGGAUAGAAUUCCCCUUCUAUUGUCCUCUUGGCCUCAUGCUUCACUGAUGUCGAGAUUUUUAGCCUCAGCAUAUGCACAUGACGAGUCAACUCUAUUUCCUAUGCUUAUGGCAUUUGUUUAGAAAAAAUUAAACUCCUGACAUUAUUCCUGGGAGGUUGAAAGAUUGUUCCUGUAUUUAGCACAUUACUAUUCCAUACAUUUCACUCUGGUUCUGAACCUGUUUGUCAUCCGAGAUAUAUAGGUUUAGUUCUGUUUUUUACCCAGAGGGUAAAGGGUUUUUACCCAAAGUUUAAAGGGUAAAAACUCUGGGUAAAGGGUAAGUUGUGUGAUGGUCCAGAAUGGACCAUUCAACUUGAUAAUGUAGCUGUAAAUGAUAGUAACAUAACUUGAUAAUGUAGCUGUACAUGAUUGUACAAGUCAUGAAAUUGACUCAUGUUCAAACCAAUAAUUAUCAAACACAACGGCAAUCGUUAUAUUAGACAGGGCUUGAAUUACUAGUAAGAUUCGGGAUUAGAAACCACCAAAAACUUUCAACCCUACCUCAGCUAUGGCACUCUACUGUUUUUAAAUUAGGGGAGGUUGGGUAUUACCUCCCCCCUCCCUCGACAUCUGGAGUUUGUGAAAACAAGUUCACAUAAGUAUCACCCCAUAAGUUUGUGAAAAACAAGUUCACAAACUCUGGGAGCUGAAAGUAUUUUUUAGCUCCCAGAGUUGGGAGCUGAAAAAGUAUUUUCACUGGGAAAUUUGUGUUGGUCUAGUUGAGUGAAAUUUAAAUUUGUGUUGGUCUAGCUCUGAAAUAUACAGUACUGUAUGUCAUUACUUUGCAAGGAGAAAAAAAAAAGUUUUAACCUUG